AAGCAAACAAUAGAAAUGAUGGAGUCUGAAGAGGAGGAGAGUGAAUCAUCUGAUUUGGAAGAGAUCGAAAAUGCAUUGUAUUCCCAAAUUCAUUACAAUUCUUAUGUUGAAAACUAUAAUGUCAGUAAAAACAGUCAAACUGGGGAUUCCAACAGCUCAGCACACAUCAGUGCACAUUAUGAUAUUGAUGUCAAAAGCACAAACAGUACUUGUACUUAUAAACCAAGUGAAAGUUUAUCCAUGGUAUCAUUAUCACAUAUUAAGGACAAAGAAUCUUAUUUUUUGUGUAAAUCGCAAGAUAGCGCUAUAGGAAUGGAGAGUUUUAUGAGUGUGAAUUCAACAGAGACUUCAGUGGUUAUUGAAACAGAUUCAGAUGAUUGUAACAAAGAAGAAAAUUCUAAAGUGACAGAGGUAUUGUAUAAAGACAAACGGAGUAAACUCUCUAGUGGUAAGGAAUCUGUGAUUGAGAUUGACUCGGACAGCGAGCAAGAGAUUGACUUAGACAGGAAGACCAAUGUUAUACUGCUGUCAGACAGUGAAGAAGAUUAUGAUGAUGAUAUGUGUAAUGAUUCCUUGUACAGUGAUGAUAUGCUGUUAGAUGAGGAGCUCUCAGACAUGGAAGGACUCCAUGUUAAUGUUGAUGAAGAGCACCAACCCAAACUUUCCUCUGCAUAUGACUUUGAGCACCAUCGGAAAAGUUGGUUCAUAAUUGAUGCUGAUAAAUAUGGUACUGUGCCACAACAUGCAAAGAGCCGUUACUAUGGAAAUAAGUUUGACAAGUGCCACAAUUGUAAAGAGCAUGGACAUAUGGCAAAUUCAUGUCUUAAACCAAGUAAGUUGGAGAUCUGUAUACUGUGUGGUUUUAUUGGACAUUUCCACAAACACUGUGAACAAAGGGCAUGCUAUAGAUGUUACUGCCCAGGUCACCUGGCCAGAGACUGCCAGGAACGAACCGUCCCAAAGGGGAAUCCAUGCUUCCGGUGUGGCAGAAAUGGCCACAGCCAGAGGACCUGUCCAGAUCAAUGGCGACAGUAUCAUUUAACUACAAAUAUUGACAGUCCACAGAAAGGUCGAAAUAAGAAAAAUCCCAGGAAAUACUGCUACAAUUGUGCUGAAGAAGGCCAUUUUGGAUAUGAUUGUGAGGAACAGAGGAUGGAUAGGUACUCAGUGUGCAGCUAUCCCUUUGUACAAAGAUAUGACUUCUCAACUAAAAGAAAAUCCACAAAGAGAAAAGCUAAUAAAGGUAAUGAGGAGUCAUCUGAGAAAAAGGCAAAGAGAACCAAAAUGGAAAAAUCAGUUUUAAAAGAAGACGAUUCUUUUGAAGAAGGAAAGAAGAAGAAAAGUAAAAAGCUAAAAAGAAUUUAUGAAAGGUUGGAAACGGAGAGAUUAGAGCAUAAAGGAAAAAAGAAAAAGUCUGUUAAACUGAAGAAACAAACACGUGGGUCAGAGGGAGGAGAAUGCUUAAAACUAAUGGAUGACAAGAGGAGUGUGAAGGAAAAUAUCGAGACUCAAACAUUUAAUCCUAAAAAAUCCAAAGACAAGAAAAGUAAAAAAUUAAAAAGAAUUUAUGAUAGGAUUAACACAGAAAAGCAAAAAAAGAAUGAUGAUAAAAAGAGAUUGAAAGGGAAAGAGGGACCUGAGAAUUGUAAUUCAAAUUGGCAGAGGAUGAAAAAUUCCAUAAAAGGUUCAACUAAAAGUGAUGUUAGGAAUAAUCGGCCCAGAAAUAGAAAGAAUUCCUCAGGUUUCAAUGGCAUUCCUAUUAAUGCUUCCAAUGGCUUCAAAACAAAAUUGAAUGUCAUUAAACAGUAGAUGCUUUUUUUUGUUUUGUUUUAUAAAUUAUUCAGAUUAACAAUUUGAAUGUUUAAAAAAAUCACACAGAAUCGUAAGAGUUGAUGCAAAUAAAUGAACUUUAUUAUUUUAUUUAUUAUAUGAAACAAAAAGUUAGAGUGUAUGGUUACUGUUUUAGUUGUAAUGUUUGUCAUUCAGAGAAAUAGAUCUUUAUAAAUGAUCUUCAUGCAGGACACAUGUAACUCUUCUUUAAUAUCGUUAGAUAGGACCAUUACCAACAUUUCUGUCACAAAAAAUAAUCUGGUCAUUGUGAAGAAAUCUUUACAAAAGUAUGUUUAUCUUUUUUUAAUUGUUACCUUGCUAUUUUUAAGAAGUA